AAACAGUCCUUGAUACUGAAAGAAUACACACUACUAGUCACGACAAGGAAGUAAAACUGAACAAUCAACUUUAAUCUAGCUGUAACAGGAUUUCAUAAAAUUUACAGUUCACAGAUACAAGAUGGCUGUAUCAGGGAAGAAAGCUCCUGCUGUGUCAACAGGUUCAGGUGAAGACUUUGAAAUUUUUUGUCAACCAUGUGACCUUGAUGACAUCAGACUUCCCGCCUUUGGAUACUGCACAAACUGUGAAGAGCAUCUGUGUGAGUCUUGCUUUAACCACCAUAAGAAGCCUAAACCAUUGCGACAUCACAUCCUUUUGGACAAACAAAACAUGCCCCAAACUCAACAAAUUCCUUCAAAAUCUACUCAUGCUGGUCAGCCUGAUGACCUAACUACACCUUGUACUGAACACAAGCGAGAAAUCAUCAAAUUCUACUGUCAUGAUCAUAAAGUUCUUCUAUGCACUGUAUGUGUUACCCUUGGACAUUCCCUUACAUCCUGCCAUGUCAACUACAUACCAGAUAUUUCUAAGCAAAGUAUAAACAGCUCAGAGUACAGAGAUACCAUUAAAGACAUAGAUAACAUAGCUGAAAGAUAUCACAAACUAACAGAAGAUCUAAGAAGAAUGACAACCAAUUCUAACAAUUCUUUGUCAGAUGUUCUCAUAGACUUGAAGAAGUUCAGAAAAGAAAUAAAUCAAAGAUUAGAUGAACUAGAAAAGGAAGCUGAAGACAGAGCCAACGCUCUCAAAGAUGACAACAACAAAAGGCUAACAGCAAUGGAGACCGCAAGUGAAAAUAUUACAAAAUGUCUGAAAGCAUCAACUGACUCCAUCAAACAAUUAAACACAUCCAAACAAGCAGACCGACUUUUCAUGGAACUAAAAUCUGCACAAAAACUGAUAGAAGUUUCUAAGGAAAAGCUUUCCUUGCAAGCACCACAUGCAGAUGUCAAUAAAUAUCAGUUUCAACCUAAUCUAGCAAUUUCAAGCUUUCUGAAAGAGAAAUCACUAGGAACAAUAAGACAGAAAGCAAAAGAGCAGUCAAAUCCCCCUCCAGUGGUUUCUCUUCAACCUCUUAAGUAUUCACAUCAAGGAAGUGUAUCUGUGAAAACAACACAAGAUAAGAACAUGUGCUACGUUACAGGAAUGGCCCUCCUUACACCUUCAAAACUUGUUCUCACAGAUUACAAUAACCAGUCAAUCAAAAUGAUUGACACCAACAGUAAUUCCAUUUCCCAUCAAUUAAAACCAGAAACUGCUCCUGGUGAUCUUACAUUGGUUACCCGUGACCAACUUGCUGUUACACUGCCAGGCAAGAACAAAAUUCAAUUUGUAUCUGCCUCGUCAAACAAACUAUCUCUAAAACAUACAUUUAAAGUAGAUGAUGGAUUUUGUAAUGGUUUAAGUUGUUAUCAGGAGAAACUUGUAGUGUCAUUUGUGAAACCUUCAAAACUCCAGAUCAUUGAUCUGAACGGUAAGGUUCUGAAAACAAUUAUUACUAAUUCUAAAGGAGAAGAUAUCUUCACUUGGCCAAAUUUUGUCACAUCCAACAGCCAUUCUAUUUAUGUAUCAGAUGAAUCAAGGCCUGCACUUAUAAGACUGAAUUGGCAUGGUAAACUCAGAGGUAUUUACAAAGCUAUACAACGUCCUACAGGUAUUGCUAUGUUAGAAGAUGGAUCAAUUUUAGUGAACAAUUAUCCAAAUGGUGAUAUACAACAUUUAUCAUGUGACUUAUCCAAAAGCAGUAUUGUUCUGAAGGACCUGACCAAACCAUUUGCUAUCUGCUGCAGUGGUACAGACAAUAAACUGUACAUCAGUCUUAACAGUUCCGAAGAGAAAAAUGACAAUUAUAUUCAAAUCUUCAAGAUGUCUUAACACAAUAACAAACAUUUUUAUAAUGAAGAUACACUAACUUCCUUUUUCAUACUGAUUCCAAACUAAUGAAAGUAAGUCACAUUAAAUAGAUAUUAACAGCUUUAUAGAAGCAGAUGAAUUAAACAUUGUAUAACAUUUUGUUUGGAUUUUCAUACAACUGUUACAGAAAGUACGAAAAAUAUGAUGAUUUUGUCCAAUUAUUUUUCAAUGGGCUUUGAAAUAAAGUGUGGAGACUGCAACACAGAAAGAAAUGAAUCUGAACUAUAAACACAAUACAAUAUUAAACAAUAAUAUUCUAUACAUGAUUA